GCGACGUCACGUCCGCCGACCUCUGCUUCUAUCUCCCGCUCCCUCUAUUCUCUGUGCACAUGUCCCCCGUACUCGCUCAUUGCCAUAGCGGCCCGGCGAGAUACGAGGGGGGUACAAAAGACGCGUCGAUGCAGCAAGGAAAAGACCAAGGUCGCAGGAUCUCCCACAACUCCUCUCACACUCGAGAAAGAUGUUCGCCCCCUCGUUCGUCGCUCUUGCUCUCGCCAGCUCGGCUUUCGCAGGCCCGCUCAAGCGCUUCGACGGUCUCACUGUCGACGUGAAGGCGCCUGAGAAUGUCGCGUCCCUCGAUGAUCUUAAGCUCACGACGACGGUCACGAACACCAACUCGGAGGACGUGAAGAUCCUGAAGUACGGCACUGUCCUGGACCAGCUCCCGACGCGCUCCUUCGUCGUCAAGAAGGACGGCGCCACCGUCGACUUCUCGGGCGUCAAGGUCGCGAUCGAGCUCAACGACAACGCGUACACGACCAUCAAGUCCGGCGAGUCGGUCACCGUGGAGCACAGCCUCGCUACCCUCUACGACUUCGCCUCCGCCGGCGCCGGCUCGUUCACCUUCGAGCCCAAGACCGAGUUCAAGGUCGGCGCCGCCAAUGAUGUCAUCUCUGAGAAGGUCGAGUCGACUGCCAACUCAGUCACGAUUGCCAUCGACGACGUCGCCAAGCGGUCGAUGGAGGUCAAGCGCGCGACCGUGUCCUGCUCCGACUCGUCGCUCGCGUCGUUCAUCUCUGCCUCCUACUCCGAGGGCAAAGAGCUUGCGUCCAUCGCGGCGAGCUACAUCAGCAGCAACGGCGCGGACUCCCUCUUCACGGCGUACUACGGCUCGAGCUCGACGUCGACCGUGUCGAGCAAGUUCUCGGCCGUCGCGUCCGAGAGCGACUCGUCGCGCACGCUCAACUGCUCGGACCCGUACGGCGUCUGCGACGGUAACGUCAUCGCGUACACUGUCAUCGCCACCACCGACAUCUACUACUGCGAUAUCUUCUACGACGAGGAGCCGUCGGAGAACCUCUGCACCGGCACUACUGUUGCUGCACGCAACAUUCGCGGUGGCACGACCCUCCACGAGUUGACGCACGCCGUCGCGGACACGGACGACAUCACGUACGGCUGCUCGGCUGAUCAGGCGCUCUCCGACUCGCAGUCUGUCCUCAACGCGGACAACUACAACUGCUUCUCGACCCAGGUCUACCAGAACACGCAGUGCUAAGGGCUAAGCAGGUUCAGGGCGCUUGGUCUGAUUAAAUGAACAUGUAUAUUUCAUGAUUGUAACGAGAUGGGGCUUGUACCAAUACUUAAAGGGUUGAUGUUGACUAGUGUACUAUGGCUACAAAGUUCGUGAGAGCAGGCUUGAAUAGAUGGUAUCAUUGAGACAUCGUGAGAAAGGCAUUCAUUAGUCCGACCAGGAAAGCCAAAUACUCCUCUCCAACCCGGGGCUGGGCAUCGCAUCCAACGAUUGCGGCCGUUCUCCCGUCGUGCGCUGGUAUAUGUCGAAGACCCGCUUCUGUAGCUGCUCCGCGUCUUCCUGCCGCCCCUGCUGCAUGUACGAAGCUGCGAGUCGACCCAUCGC